UCUCUCUCUUUUUAAUAUAUUCUUUAUAUACUUUUAUAUAUGGGAGUGACUAUUUCACGUGAUCCCUCCAUUACUAAUAAUAACAACAUUCAUUAUGCUAAAAAACUAAAAACAGUCAAACAGAAUAAAGAGCAAGAAAAGAGGUUGACAUCGCGUAUCAUUUACGGGAGAGAGUAUCAUGCGAUAGAGAAUAGUACAUAUAUGCUACCUAAAGACGAUAAAGAAGUGGAUAGACUACAUGAUCAACACUUUAUUAUCAAAGAAUUACUAGGCUUUAACAUCAUGAAAGAGGCAUUUCAUCUAUUAGACUUUCAAAAAUCAAAUUUGAAUGUAUUAGAUGUCUGUUGUGGUCCAGCGACUUGGCUAUGUGAAGAAAGUCUAGAAUAUCCCAACUGCCAGUUUACCGGAAUUGACAUGUGUAGUCUUUGGCCUCAGGUGAUUCGACCUGCCAACCUUCAUUUUACAGAAGCGAAUAUACUUCAAGGGUUACCUUACCCUGAUAAUUCUUUUGAUUUUGUUCAUAUGAGGUUUGUUGUACUAGCCUUCAAGUCAAAAGAAUGGCCAUUUAUCCUAUCCGAAAUCAAGCGCGUAUUAAAAGACGGAGGCUGUUUUCAAUGUGUUGAAGUGGACAUGCGCAUUAAUAUUACGACAAUAGAUAAUGUUGCAAAAACGUAUAUGGAGGCAUUUGAAUCAUUCUGUGAGUCAUAUCAACUUGAUCCCUCGGUUGCAGCUAAAUACGAUACGAUGUUGGUUGAUAAUGAUAUGAAGAUUAUACAAAGUGACUAUCGUGAGGUUCCGCUCGGCUGGGGAGGGCCAGUGGGUCAUGCUUAUUUGCAUACAUUUCAAGGUAUACUCGAAGGUUUGGCUCCUUGGCUCAAGAAGUCGUUGAAUAUUGAACAAGAUGAAAACUAUCAUGUCUUGCUUGAUGCCACUAAACGCGCCUUGGUUCGAUCAAGAGCGUUUAUCGGUUUGUAUGCCUUUUUAGCACAAAAAUAGUCAAAUAAUGGCAAUAGCAUAUAUAUUUAUAUAUUAUUCUAAUAACCUCACAUAUAUAAUCAUGUAAUCCCUUCCCCCUUAAUUUUGCCCCCUUUAUUUUAUAUAUAUAUUUAUUAUCCCUUUGCAUAUAAAUAAAUAGUUGUGAGUGUUC